UGAAAAAAUGGAACCCCCCAGCAGUGUGAGGAGACCUGAAAGUGGCACAUGGCAGAGUGUGGCGAUGGAGACAGCAGCAAUGGGAGGCCGUACAGGGACCCAUGACACACUCUGGACCUGGCAGCAGCAUGAUGAGUCGGUACGGGGGCCCAUGGCAGAUUACGGGCCUGUAGCAGCAAUGGGAGGCCCGUAAUCUGCCAGCACCCUAUGACAAAAUGGAACCACCAGCAGUGUGAGGAGACCUGAAAGUGGCACAUGGCAGAGUGUGGCGAUGGAGGACAGCAGCAAUGGGAGGCCGUACAGGGACCCAUGACACACUCUGGACCUGGCAGCAGCAAUGA